CGCUUGGAAGAUCUAGGUUCCUCGUUUUUAGCGGUUUAGUAAUAGUAAUAAACCUUAAUUUACAUAGCGUCUUUAAAGGUGGCUUCUCACAGCGCUUUGCAGAAGAACUUUAAGGGGUUGCUUGUUUCAGAUUACCACAAUCCUUCGAGUAAAGAAGUGCCUCCUGUCUAAGAUCCAGUCUUAUAGCUGAAAGCGUGUAAACAUAUUAAUGGAAUAUUUCACUUAUUUUUCUUACUGUGUGUUAGCAUCCCUCUCAAAUGCAGCUGCUGUUUCAAUACACACUUCUCGCUACGGGUACGAUCAGAAGCGACGUCUUGUCUAGUCCUCCUCGCCUGCAGGGGGCGAUGCACAGCCACGGGGCCGGUUCCCGCCGCCGCUGUUUCUUGCCUUCAUCGGAGGCCUCGGCUGUCUUCAGCUCCGUCCCGAACUCCUCCGUGGAAACCGCACACUUGUCUCCACAAUGGCACUGGUGGGGUCCCUCCGGAAAGAGCUGGCCCAGUCCGUCUCCAGCUGCCGGGUCCUGGUGGUGGGAGCCGGCGGGAUCGGCUGCGAGCUGCUGAAGAACCUCGUCCUGACCGGCUUCACCAACAUCGACGUGAUCGAUCUUGACACCAUUGACGUGAGCAACCUCAACAGACAGUUCCUGUUCCAGAAGAAGCAUGUGGGAAAGUCUAAGGCUCAGGUGGCUAAGGAGAGUGUGUUGCAGUUCAGCCCCAAAGCCAACAUCACAGCUUACCAUGACAGCAUUAUGAACCCUGACUACAACGUGGAGUUUUUCAGGAAUUUUGUGCUGGUCAUGAAUGCUUUGGACAAUCGAGCUGCCCGUAACCAUGUGAACAGGAUGUGCUUGGCCGCAGACGUCCCUCUGAUAGAGAGCGGAACAGCAGGCUACCUGGGACAGGUCACGGUCAUCAAGAAGGGGCUGACCGAGUGUUAUGAGUGCCAGCCCAAGCCCACCCAGAAGACUUUCCCAGGAUGCACCAUUCGCAACACUCCGUCUGAGCCUAUCCACUGCAUAGUCUGGGCCAAAUACCUCUACAACCAGCUGUUCGGAGAGGAGGAUGCAGACCAAGAGGUCUCUCCGGACACGGCUGACCCAGAAGCUGCCUGGGAUCCGGCGGAGACUGCAGCCAGAGCAGGAGCCUCCAAUCAGGAUGGAGACAUAAAGCGCGUGUCCACCAAGGAAUGGGCAAAGUCCACCGGCUAUGACCCCAUCAAGCUCUUCAACAAGCUUUUUAAAGACGACAUCAAGUACUUGCUGACAAUGGACAAGCUGUGGAGGAAGAGGAAGCCGCCUGUUCCGUUAGACUGGAAUGAGGUUCAUAAUAUGGAGAGCGGCGGGGCGCAGGAGGGGGCCCCCAGCGCGGGCCUGAAGGACCAGCAGGUCCUGGGGCUGAAGAGCUGUGCCCAGCUGUUCUCCCGGAGUGUGGAGACCCUCCGGAUGCAGCUGGCAGAGAAGGGAGACGGAGCGGAGCUGGUGUGGGACAAGGACGACCCCCCAGCGAUGGACUUUGUGACGGCCGCCGCUAAUCUGCGGAUGCACAUCUUCAGCAUGAGCACCAAGAGCCGAUUCGACGUGAAGUCCAUGGCAGGGAAUAUAAUUCCAGCCAUUGCCACUACCAAUGCGGUGAUAGCAGGCCUGAUAGUGCUGGAGGCUCUGAAGAUUCUGUCAGGCAGCAUUGACCAGUGUAAAACCGUCUUCCUGAACAAGCAGCCCAACCCCAGAAAGAAGUUGCUGGUGCCCUGUGCUCUAGACCCUCCUAAUGCCAACUGCUAUGUGUGUGCCAGUAAGCCAGAGGUCACAGUCAAGCUCAGUGUUCACAAAGUCACAGUGCUGAGCUUACAGGACAAGAUUCUGAAAGAGAAGUUCGGCAUGGUGGCCCCAGAUGUGCAGAUUGAGGAUGGCAAAGGGACUAUUCUGAUUUCUUCUGAAGAAGGAGAAACUGAAGGAAAUAAUAACAAGUGUCUCUCUGAGUUUGGAAUUCGCAAUGGAAGCAGGCUCCAGGUCGAUGAUUUCUUGCAGGAGUACACGCUACUAGUGAACAUCCUACACUGUGAGGACCUGGAGAAGGACGUGGAGUUUGAGGUGGUUGGGGACACCCCCGAGAAGCCCCCCCAGUCGAGCGCGGCCGAGCCAGGGAAUAACAUGGCCAACGGCAGCGACGACGGCGCCCAGCCCUCCACCUCGAAAGCUCCGGAGCAGGACGACGUGCUCAUCGUGGACUCCGACGAGGAGCCCUCCUCCAGCGCCGCGGACGUCCACGCGGAGGGCGGCGGCCACAAGCGGAAGCUGGAUGAGCCGGAGGGCGAGGCCGCCGCCAAGCGCAGACGCCAGGAGCAGCCCGCCGCCGACGAAGACGACGACAUCAUAGCAUUGGACUAAGCCCCGCCUCUCAGCUCCCGGGAUCCGCGUUUCCUGUGCAGUGUACAUAACGGUCAAGGCUGAACAGUUCUGUCAGAAAAGUCACCCGUGGGUCGAGAAGCAAGGGAAAGGCAAUAUUAUGCCUUUUUUGCUUAAGUUCAGUCAGAAACCAGGUUCGUGUGAGGGCCUUGGGCCUAUUCAUUUGUGCACAUUUUUGUAGUCUGUCCUAGAGGGUCAAAUGAAGGCUUCAGAACGCUUAUCCACUUUUUCAAGAGACAGGGAUGGGGGGGGGUUUAAUGCAAGUCAAGAGCGUUUCUACGUACUGUACUUCUCGGACACAGAUCUGGUUUGAUCCAAAUCAUUUUUAUCGAAAAUCUACUUGUUUCAGGGGUUGUUUGACUGUUUUAUCAGAACAAAUACAUUUCAAUUAAAAUAUAUAUAUAUUUCUUUAGACAUUUUAUAUAAUUGAAUAACUUGAUAAAAAGGAGUUUGGAGAUGGAAUUGGAAUAGGCAGCCUGCAGCUGAAGUGAUUUGCGCAGUGGUCGUUUUGGGAGGCGCAGCAAAAUGCCACACGUUCACUCCUUCCAGUUGCUUGAAAUUUAGAAAAGAGCUCAAGUUUGCAAACCCACUGGGAAUGGGUUCUUGAGUGAUUUGCAGAUACCAGUUAGAAUUAACCCAGUCUGUACACCAUAUAUUUCUAUAAAACACCUUUAUUAACAGGUGGCUUUGUUUGUGCCCUCCAUUCAGUGUACACUGCCUGGUUACAGUGAUUUAAGAAACGUUUUUUGUGCGUAUUGUUACAGUUUGCAAUUAUUUAUAUUUGACAUGUUUUGUAAGAGAUCACGUUAUACUGUAACUUUCAUGGACCAAAUAAAGGAAUAUUGGAUAUAGCUGCAAUGAUGGUAAACUAGAUACGAAUACAAGAAUAAUAUGACCUCGUGAACAGCUUCACAUUUUUAGUUUGGAUCAUGUUUCAAGCAGGCGUCUCAGAUCGCCCUCAUUAUAGGCAACCCUCACUGCAACUGAGCUGUAAUUCACAAAUGUGUGUUUUUGAUUACGAAAGGCUAAAGAAAUGCUUUUUCUUUUUUUUUUAAAUAAAAAUUUUUAAUUUCCUA